CACACAAAAAAAGAAAAAAAAGAAGUAGAGUGUCUUCGGUCGCUGAAAUUCUCCUAUUUGUCAUUAUCAACUCCUCGAACCCUAGACCUUCCACCGUCUCCUUCUUCCAUCACUGAGAAUAACCAACACCCAGAAAAACCCCAAACCCCUCAACCGUUAACUUCAAUUCCCGCCAUCAACAACCUCCAAUUUCAAUCCCAAAACUUCAAAUUUCACCCUAACUCAAUUCAAUCAAGUGUGCGGUUGUGCAAACCUCCACAUGCUUCCCAUGAUCAUCAUCAACAUCACCGCCGUCAAUUCCAGAUGAUGAUCAGCUGACACUAAAAUCAAUGGACACGAUCGUCCACGCAGCACUCGAAGAGAUCUGCUCCCAAGGUGUCAAUGGCAUCUCACUCUCUCUCCUCUGGCCUCGCCUCCACUCUCCUCUCUCUUCUGCUGGUCUCCACCUCUGCCCCGCCGUUAAACGGGCUGUUUGGUCGGGCCUUGUUGCUGUUCCGGGCCUGCAGUUCCGGGACCUUAGCGGGUCGGAGUUACCCGACCCGAAAUUGAAGCCGUUUGAAGAGUGUGAGAGCUUGGAUUUGAAGAUGGUUGCUAAUGAGCAGCUUCGGCGGUGCUUCGUUGGCCUCUAUGAUGUUAAAGCUUCCAAUAUUACCCAACCUCAGCAGCGAGUUCUCGAGCGUCUUGCUCUUGCUAGAGAAAAUGGAGUGACACAGAAUCAACUCUGCAAGGAGCUUGGAAUAGCUGCAAACAAUUUCUUUUAUGUGGUCAAGAGGCUUGAGUCCUGGGGUUUGAUUGUCCGGCAGUCAACUAUAGUGAGAACAAAAGAAGCAUCAAGUGACAAGGAGCCAAAGAACAGUCAACCAGUGCAUACCAAUUUGAUCUGCUUACAUCGUUAUGCACUUCCCUUGAGUUCUCAGCAAAGACUUGAGAUUACAAAAGAGAACAAGAAUGUGGAAGAAAACCUUGGAGACAAUGUCAGUGGAGCAGACCUUCUUGAAGAAUGUGGCCAAGAUGAUGUGCGUGUCAAGGAUUUCUUGCCUGCCAUCAAAGCAGUUUGUGACAGACUUGAGCAAGCUGAAGGCAAGGUUCUUGUUGUCUCAGAUAUCAAACAGGAACUUGGAUAUCGAGAAACGCGAGGACACAGGGCUUGGAGAAAUAUUUGCAACAGGUUGAAGCAGGCUGGUCUUGUUGAGGUAUUUGAGGCGAAAAUAGAUAGCAAAGUGGAAACCCCUUCAAAAUCGAAAAAGAGCAGAUCUAGAGGGCAAAACAAGCCUGUCAGUUGUUUGCGACUGCUGAAAAAAUUUUCUCCAAAGUUUUUUCAACAAAAAGUCCGAGAUUGUGAGGAUGAAAAUCUUGUUUCGGAGCAGACCACCACAUUUGGAAACCGGAUUCUAAAGACAGAGCAGCUUGUUGAGCUCCCUUUUGAGCAACAAAUUUAUGACAUGAUUGAUACUGAAGGAUCUAAAGGGCUUCUUGGAGUUGACGUGUGCAGAAGGCUUGGAAUCAGCACUAAAAUGCUUGACAAUCUGACCAAUACAAUGGUCUCUCGGUUUGGUUUGCAUCAGCUUUCAGAAAACCGUAAGAGAGGGUCAGCCUAUCGGUUUUGGACACGAGGAAAUUUCUGUCCUGAUUUACCUAAUUCAUCCUUCAACAGAUUACAAGAUGGUCCCAAUGGGCAGCCAUUGGCUUUAGCCACAGUUCAAGAGCCCUCAGGUCAAGAGCCAUCUCACAGUGCAAGCUCUCAAAGUACCAUUGCCGAGAUGGAUUCCUUAAACUCACAAAAAUGGCUGAUUGGAGAAAGUAUAGAAACCAAAGAUGCCGAGGAAGAACUUGAGCGUGCCUCUCAGCAAGGCAUAGGAUCAGUUCAAAUGGUUUCUUGUUCUGAAGGCUCACCAGGUUUAGCCCUUGAUAUGAGCAUUAUUGUUCCUAGUCCAGCUACUGGAAUUGAAUGUGGUGGUACAACUGAGGUUUCAGCUAAUCCAUUACCCAAGCCAGUUACCCUUCAAGAAGGCCAGAGAUAUCCAUCAUUAACUAGUGCCCAACGGGAGAUACGGUUACUUGAAAGGCUCAAGACUGAGAAAAUUAUUGUCAAACCUGAACUGCAACGGUGGCUUGAGAGUUUUGAAAAGGGCAAGCGGACAAGAAUGGAUAGAAAGACCCUGACACAUUGUCUGAAGAAGCUUGAACGAGAAGGGAAGUGUAAACUCAUGGUCUUUAGUAUACCAGGUGUCUCAAAUUGUGGCAAUUUACGGGAAGUACUUGCGGUUAUUCAUCCGUCUGUCAAAGGUUCGGCUAGUGAGCUGUCAGACCAAGUGCAUGAUAGACUGAGAUCUUUUGAGAUCCAAAGUCGUGGCACCUCGUCAAAGAACGAACUUCCCAUUCCUGUACUCCAUGGCAUCGAGAGGAUUCAAAUCAAUGCAAAUUCAGAUAUUCAAAGUGCUAAAUCAGAAGUUAUGCGUGCUAAUGGAUUUGUCUUGGCAAAAAUGGUUCGCACAAAGCUCCUGCAUCGUUUUUUAUGGGAUUAUGUGAAUAGUUCAGCUACAUCCGCUGAGAUAUCAUCACUCACCAAAGACGUGAAUUCUGCAAGAAACCCAAACAGCUCGUGUCUAUUGUUUGGGCUAGAUGUUGCCAUCAAGGCUAUGCCAUUUGAACUAUUUUUGCAAGUGGUGGGCUCUUCACUUAAAUGGACUGAUAUGAUUGAGAAGUGCAAGGCUGGCUUUCUUCUGUCAGACUUUCCUGAGGAGGAAUACAAGAGUAUGAUGGAUACUCGAGCAACUGGAAGGCUGUCGUGGCUUAUUGAUAUUUUGCACCGUCUCAAGCUAAUCCGGCUGGUAGCUGAUGAGAGUCACAAGGAUGUGACCAAGACCUCACAUACUAAACUUAUAUAUGCUUUAGAGCUUAAACCAUAUAUCGAGGAACCACCAUCAAUGGACCUCAUGCCUCGAGGCCCAAGACAUGACUUUGUGUUGUCCACCAGUGAAGCUGUAGAAAAAUAUUGGCAGACUUUGGAAUAUUGCUAUGCAGCUGCUGACCCAAAAGCUGCUGUGCGUGCAUUCCCUGGAUCUGUAGUUUUUGAGGUUUGUCUUUAUCGGUCAUGGACUACAGUCAGGGUUAUGAAAGCAGAGCAACGUUCUGAUCUCCUCAAGCGAAUCAAAGAUCAGCAAAGCAAAAAACUCAGUUUUCAGGAGUGCAGAGAAAUUGCCAAGGAUCUCAAUCUUACUUUAGAACAGGUGCUUCGCGUAUACUAUGAUAAUAGGCAACAGCGUCUUAACAGAUUCCAGGGAGAUUUCAAUAGUCAGGGUAUGGUUUCAGAUGCUAGGAGAGAUAGGCAUUCUCAAUCUCGGCGUAAAAGGAAGAUAUCUGCCGAGGAGAGAUCGGCAAAGCGUGCGAAAGCCAAUCAUACAAGCGAAUCUCUUGAAGAAAGUCAAGAAGAGAGUAUGGAGGAGGCUGAAUUUGAUGACCAGCAGGAACACCAGGAGUCAUUAAAUGGCCAGUGUAUGAUGCCACUGUUGAAAUCAACCCGUCAACAGAAGUUCUCAUGGACAGAAGAAGCAGACAGGCAUUUAUUAAUUCAAUAUGCAAGACAAAGAGCAAUUCAAGGUGCUAGGCGUGGCACAGACUGGGCUUCAAUCAGUGACCUUCCUGCUCCUCCGACUACCUGUCGCAGAAGAGUAUCUGUUCUGAAAAAGGACAUAAAGUUUAGAAAAUCUUUGAUGAGGCUGUGUAACUUGCUUGCUAAGCGAUAUGAGCAGAAGCUGGAUCAUGAAAAAAACAUAACAAUAAGUGAGUGUGGCCAAGAAUCUGAUUCUCAGGGAAAACACUGGGAUGAUUUUGAUGAUGGUAUAAUUAAGAUAGCUCUUCAUGAGGUUCUUGUACAAAAGCAGAUGAUGAAAUUGGACUCCACCAAGAGAAGUGAAUCUGCAUCUCAGGGCACCCACAAUCCCGUAGCAAGUUGUCCAGGUGAGUUUGACAAUGAUUCUGAAAAGCAACAGAUGGGUUCCAGUCGAAGAUCCAGACGCCACCGCCUACCUCAGAAGUUUGUCAUGCAUUUAAAGGAGGGGGUUAGCAUAACCAGACGAAUGAACCAAUCAUUACCUGUUUCCUGUGCUGUUGAGCUUUUUAAGCUAGUCUUCUUGACCAAUUCAAAAGCAGCAGAAAUGCCAAAUUUGCUGGCUGAGACAUUAUGCUGCUAUUCAGAGCAUGAUCUUUUCUCAGCUUUUGACUACCUCAGGCAGAAGAAAAUAUUGGUUGGAAGCGGCCCCAGUCAGCCAUUUGUCCUGUCUCAAAGUUUCCUGAGGAGCCUUUCGUUGUCUCAAUUUCCAGCAAACACAGGGAAGCGAGCUGCUAAGUUAGCAAGCUGGAUAUGUAAAAAAGAGAAGGACUUGAUGGAAGGAACAGUAUAUCUACCCUCAGAGCUGCAGUGUGGAGAUGUAUUUCAUUUGUUUGCUUUAGUUUCUUCUGGAGAACUGUCCAUUUUGCCAAGUCUACCUCUUGAAGGUGUUGGAGAGGCCGAGGACUCAAGAAGUACAAAACGUAAGUACGAUGACCAUGAAUUUGAGGACAGUAGUGUGAGUAAGAAACAUAAAUUCCACUCUUUGCAAGAAUCUGAGAUGUUUUCUCGCCGAGAAAAAGGCUUCCCUGGUAUAAAGGUUUGUCUGAGUCGAGCAACAAUUUUGAGGUCCAGUAUUGUUGAGUUUUUCAAAGAUGAAAAUGCUACACUGUUCAGUGAAAAUGAUCAAUUUUACGCGACUUUGGGUCAAAAAGUUAGCUGCACAUUAUCCUACAUUGAUAGUGUCAAAGAACCUCCUGAUUUUGGCAGAAUUCUCCCAGCUUCUGUUAUUUCUGGUGAUUCAUUGUGGGAAGUUAUGACAAACUACACUAUCCAAGAUCUUGCCAAAAAUAGUAGCCAAGGAAAUGUUCAACUGCUUCCGGAGCUUUUCGAAACUGCACACACAAAUAUUCAGAAAGCUGGUGACCAGGGCUUAAGCCUGUCAAAAGUUUCUGAGUGCUUGGGAAUGCAAGGUACAGUUCUAGCUGAACAUGUUGUUGAUGUGCUUCAAUUAUUUGGCCUUGUACUAAAGGUCACUGGUUACAAUUCUGUUCAUGUUGUGGAUGCUCAAUAUCGCACCAAGUACUUUCUGGCCUCUAAGGCAACUUAUUCUCAAGAUCCUGGAAUGGCUUCAUCUUCAGUUCCAAGGAGAGAAGAGACACAUAUGGUUGAAGGGAGUGCAAAUUAUGAACAUGAAGCGAUUCAGAUAGAUGAAGGUGAAACACGUGGUCUAAAUAUAUCUGAAGAGGUCUCGCCAUUCUCUGAUGUUGCUCAGGUUCUUGAAGAAUGCACCACAUCUACUAGAACAUCUACUGAAGGGAGGAAGAAUAACCAAAAUUUUGAUAACUUAACUGCUACUUUUCAGCCAAUAUUGCCUUGGAUCAAUGGGGAUGGAACGAUCAAUGGGAUUGUCUACAGGGGGCUGACACGUCGAAUACUUGGUAUUGUGACUCAAAAUCCUGGCAUACUGGAGGAUAAUCUUCUCAGUCAAAUGGAAGUAUUAAAUCCACAGAGUUGCCGAAAGCUGUUGGAUUUAAUGGUUUUGGAUAAACACCUCGUCGUGCGAAAGAUGAGUCAAAGCACUUCUUCAACAACCCCUUCCUUGCUGGAAAAUCUACUUGGCAGUCACUUCAAACCUAAGUUUGUUUGUCGACAACAUUACUUUGCAAAUCCGAUGAGUACUUCACUACUGUGAGCUUAAUUAUGAUGGUAGAGUUGAUGUCAUAAGCAGGGUAUGUGAGAGCUCUUGCUGUGUAGUAUUUUCCCUUUUUGUGUAGGUUGGGUAGGAAAGGGUGUUAGGUUUCUCUACUUCCAGUAAUUGAGCCUUGGAGCAAACUGUGUGUACUGUUUUUUUUUUGUUUUUUUUUUAUUUUAUUUAUUUUUUUAUUUUUUUAUUUUUUUUAUCAAUGUUAAUAUAUGUGGCUAUAUUGUUACUAUAACUUUUUCAGGUUAUUAAGUAAUUUUGGGAGACA